CUAUAUUCUCAAAGAAUGUAACCGUCAAUACGCUUAGGUAACUCAUCCUUAAACUUUUUGCGUUUGUAUUCCAAGCCAGAGGUGGCAGUACAAUGGUUUUAGAGCUAGUAUGGAGUAAAAUCCUGAGGUGGCGAUGGAAGCUCGUUGCCAUAGAGAUGUAAACAAUAAAGCCUAAAGUAAUACGGUUUUUCUAAGAGGUAAAUCGACCAGUUUGGCAGUAUUAGUUACAUUUAAUUUAAAGCGAGAUAAUGGCUUAUGCACAAACUCCCAGGAAGACGGGACUCCCUCGAGAAGUUUUGAAAUGGUUGCAAAGUCUUGAUUUAUCAUUUUAUCCAAAGAAUGUACGCAGAGACUUUUCUAAUGGCUACCUUGUGGCUGAGACGUUUUCUUGGUAUUAUCCAGAGGAGUUCUCCAUGCACUCCUAUGGCAACGGGACUUCACUGGCCGCCAAACUGAGCAACUGGGCCCAGAUAGAAAGGUUUUUCACAAAGCAUCACAUCCCCUUGCCAAAGGAGGUCAUUGAUGGCACCAUUCACUGCAAGCCAGGGGCUGCAGAGAUUCUGGUUCAGGAGAUUUACAGCAUCUUGACCCGCAGGCGGCUGAAGAUGUGGUUCGGAGGAGAAGUGGACUUCUCUGACCGCAGUUACCAGGAGCAGCUGCCCAUGGUGGCGCGCCCCACAGCCUCCAAGGCCAUAAAGAACAACCUGCGUCUCUCAGAGAUGAUAGCCGAGCCCAACAUCAGCACCAUUCAGGGCAAGAUCCAGGCCAUUGUAGAGCGCCACCUAGAGGACAGGAGGCUGGAGCGCCUGCAGGACCCGAAGCGUUUUGGGGUGAAACCCACCCUGGGGGAGCGUGCAGCUCGCCGCCCACCCUCGGCCAGCCAGUCCAGACAAGGCUCCCUCUCCAUCCCACGACCUGACUCCACGGGCUCGGUCAUCAGAAGGAGGGGGAGUGUCAGCUUUAAGGAGAUGGACAGCUGUCAGUCAUCCAGAUCUCUGUCCUUUUAGAGACUGUUGUUGAGGAUCAAUGGAAACAAACUCUGGCUAAUAAAUAUUCUAUUUACAGGACCACUAUGUCAGGAGCACUCCUAAUAACUAACGAUGGGGCUGGUUUAUAAUUGAAUACCAGAAUUAUGUUUGUGUGUUUUGAGUCCAUGUAUUAAUUAUAGAAAUCUUGAUAGUAUUAUGGUAAUAAGGUAUUGAAGUUAAAAUUCAUUUGAAAGCUUAGUUUCAGAUAAAGAAACAUUUAUUUGCUUUGCUUUCUUGUCUCAGCCGGUUAAAUAAUUGAUUGGCCAACAGAUGAUGGUUAUUGGUCAGGAUUUGAGUACAUCAAGUGUAUCUUGCUGUUGUUUGGUUGAAAGAUGAGAUUUCAGUCCUGUUUAGCACAGGCAAUUUAUGACAAGCAGGUGAAUCGCACGCUCUCUUCCACAGUUAGUCCACAGUCAUCCAGCAGGUGGCAGCAUUUCCCCCUAAAUAGCACCUUGUCACAGCCAGGGUGGUAGCAAAAACAACACCCACCAAAUUAUACCGUCUGAGUGUAAAUGUCCAGAUUAAUCACCACAUUACCACACACAUGAUAAAGAAUCAUGUAUAAAAUGCAGGCCAUGAUAAAUAAAGGAUUUUGAU